AUGUCGGCCGAGCAGCUUCCAGACGACCACUACCGUCCCACGUACGAGGAGAUUCACGUGCAGAUCGGCGAGGCUGCGCGUCGCAUCAAGACAGAAUUCGACCCGGAUCUGAUGGUGGCCAUUGGCGGUGGAGGCUUCUACCCCGCGCGCGUGCUGCGAACGUUCCUCAAGAAGCCUUCGGCGCUGGACGCGAGCAAGAUGCGCAACAUCCCCAUCCAGGCCAUCGGCUUGAGUCUGUACGAGGAAGUGUCCGGCACGUCCGAGGGCCAGAUCGGUAACGAGGUGGUGCGCACGCAGUGGCUCGACGCCAAGACUGUUUCGGGCCACAAGGGGCCAGGCAAGAUCGAGGAGGGCAAGGACGCCGGAGGUCUGCUCGGCAAGAACGUGCUCAUCGUAGACGAGGUGGAUGAUUCGAGGACCACAUUGCAGUACGCCUACUCGGAACUUCUGAAAGAUGUCAAGAACGCCAUUGCCAACCUUUCGGCGGAAGAGCGUCAGAACCUCGCCCCCACCCGCUUCGCCAUCUUUGUGGUGCACAACAAGGAGAAGGAGGGCGGAAAGCGCGGUACCCUGCCCAUCCUCCCCAAGGAUCUGCCAAAGGGUCAGGAUAAGAUUGUCGAAGGACUCAGCGAGGGUGUGCGAUACUACUCGACGCAGGACAUUGGCGACGUGUGGAUCUGCUACCCGUGGGAGGAGGAGGACAUCAUCGAGCACAACCGCCUCGCUGCCCUGGCCAAGAAGUUGGGUGUCAACCAGGCUGUCUAA